CUCUUAAAACAUUAUAAUAAGAACUAUACUAUUCAUCUUAUUAAAAAUAAAUUAUUAUUAUUUAGAUUUAUUUAUCUAUUCUCAGAGAGAGAACUUUCAGUUUUUAAAAAUAUAUUAAUAAAAAUACUACUAAUAAAAAAAUAUAUCUAUCUAAAAGUUUUAUAA